AUUCUGCAGAUAAUCAGUUGGUUAACAGUACGCUCCGAAUGUCCACAAGUUCAGUGAUCGUUGAACCACUCGACACAACUGUGAAAGAAAUCAGUCCUCGUGAAACUACUAAUGCUAUUCGCUCCUGGGCCUGUGACUUCAAUAUCACACAUCGCGCACUAAAGGAAAUUUUAUCAAUUAUCCGUCACGAUUAUGGAGACAAAGACCUCCCUAUGGAUCCACGAACGUUGAUAAGAACCCCCCAGAGAACUGGCAUGACAUUCAAAUCAAUAUCAGGCGGUCAAUACUGGCACCAAGGACUUGAAAUCUGUUUGAAAAAGAGUUUCGAACAUCUAACAGAGGACAUACAAAUUGAACUGAACGUUAAUAUAGAUGGUCUGCCAAUUCACAGGAGUUCGAAAUAUCAAUUCUGGCCUAUUCUGUGCAAUGUACAUCAAAUGCCUCAUAUCCCACCAAUGACAGUUGGAAUAUUUUUAGGUAAAAUAAAGCCACAAAACAUCACAGAAUACUUAACACCAUUUGUCGAAGAAUUGAUUUCUGUUCUGUCGAAAGGCGUGAAAGUAAACAAUCAUGCUGUUGGAGUAAAAAUCAGAUGUAUUGUAUGCGAUUCGCCUGCUCGUGCAUUCAUAAAAGGAACUACAAAUUUCAAUGGAAUUAACGGAUGCUUGAAGUGCACCAUUGAAGGCGAAUAUUCCUAUGUAUCCCGUACAGUUACAUUUCCCAAACUCAACUGCGUGCUCAGAACAGAUGAGAAGUUCCGUCGGAAAGAAUACGGAAGACAUCACAAGGAGGAUUCUCCACUUCUUAAGAUACCUGGGUUAGACAUGAUUAAAGAUUUUGUGGUGGCUGACUCACUUCAUUUAUUAGACCUAGGCAUAAUGAAACGAUGUCUUGUAGGAUGGCGAGAUGGAACUCUUGGUUUUAAAGCUAAAAUGUGUGCCAGUGAUAUAGCAAAACUGACAAAUGCGAUAUUAAGAACAAAACUACCAUCGGAGAUACACCGUUCCUUGCGAGGCAUGGACUGCUUAGCGUUUUGGAAAGGUUCGGAAUGGAGGGCCUUUUUGAACUAUGUAGGCAUUGUUGUAUUGAAAGAUUAUCUUAGCAGCCAUGUCUAUAACCACUUCUUGGUACUUUUCGUUGCCGUAACCAUAUGCUCAUGUAGCAUUUAUGCGGAAUAUUUAUCACUCGCUCAACACAUGUUCGAGUGUUACAUCAUAGAGUUUAAAAAUAUUUAUGGUGCAGAAUGUGUUACUAGCAAUGUUCAUAACUUGGAGCACAUCGUUGGCGAUGUAAUACGAUUUGGACCACUACCAUCUAUAUCGUCAUAUCCUUUCGAAAACGCGUUAUUCCAAAUUAAGAGGCAGCUGCGACAUGGACAAAACAGUUUGGAACAAGUUGCUAAUCGAAUCACCGAAAAGAGCAGUUUACCUCUAAAGAUACAACAUGCUGAAUAUCCAGCGAUCAAGAGGAUAGGCAAUAUUCAGUUCAGUUCAGUUCAGUGUUAUAUUAAAAGUGAAUUUUUUCUUAGCACAAACUUUAAAAAUUCUUGGUUCUAGACAAAAACAAAAGAAAUAGCUCGAAUGACAUCGGCAUGCAUGAAUGAAAAUAGAAAAAUUAUAAUAACGGCUAGACUGGUUCAAAAACCAGAAUUAUUUUUUCCUAAACCUAUACGUUCAUCAUACUUGCAUAUAUAUAAAGUAAAUAAAUUGUAUUUUAAUUCUGAAAACUCCUAUAAACUCGACGAUGUAUUUUGUAAACUAGUAGCUAUUAGAUACAAAGGUAACGAGUUUGUGUUC